AUGGACGCAGGCGGAGGACACAGCGGGACGGUGGUGACGGCGCGGGAGGAGGUGAAGGAGGUGUGGGGGUGGAAUAUGGGGAUGGAGCUGCCCGGGAUCCUGGAGGCGCUCGACUCGGCCACCUUCGUGGCGAUGGACACGGAGUUCCCGGGGUUCCUCCACCAGACCCCUCGGUUCGCGUCCUCCAGCGAGCGCUACCAAGACGUCAGGCGGAAUGUGGACAAUAUGAAGCUCAUCCAGCUCGGGCUCUGCUUCUUCGGCGACGGCGGGCGGCGGCGAACCUGGCAGAUAAGCUUCCGCGACUUCGACCUUGCCUCUGCGUCGGAUGCGCGAUCAGAGGCGUCGGUGGAGCUGCUGAAGAGGAGCGGCAUUGAUUUAUGCAGGACCAGAAGAGAAGGGGUGGACUCGGAGGUCUUCUCCGAGUUACUGUGGCGAUGCGACUGGGUGGGACGGCGCAAGCCCCGAUGGAUCACGUUCCAGGGCCUUUACGACAUCGCAUACCUGGUGAAGCUCCUCACCGGGGGACCGUUGCCGCCGACGCUCCCCGGGUUCGCCCAGCUGGUGGGGGCCACCCUCGGCAGGAUCAUCGACGUGAAGUACCUGGCCAGGUUCUGCGGAGGGUUCUAUCUCGGCCUGGGCCGGCUCGCGGAGACUGUCGGCGUGAAGCCGGAGGGGGGUGCGGCGCACCAAGCCGGGUUCGACGCCCUGAUGACGGCGGCUGUCUUCGAGGUUCAAAUGGAGCAACUAAGCGGGAGCGAGGAAGAGCUGGAGGGCAUCCUCCACGGCAUAGAGGAGGAGAGAAUCCUACCCCAGUGCUGGGAGGAAACACAGCAGCAGCAGGGGGAGGAGGAGGACGAGGAGGAGGAGGAGGAGGAGGAGGAGGAGGAGGAGGAGGAAGAGGAGGAGGAGGAGGAGGAGGAGCUCUUCCUGAUAUGCGCUCUCCACCCGCCGUCUACCCUGUUCCUGACUCCUGCUGUAGUGUACCCGCCGAUGCUAAUCGGGAUGACCGAUCCAUUUCCAGAAUUCUAUUUGUUCGAAUAA